AGGAAAACUCACAUGGUAACUGACUGGAAGUAGAGAGGACGUCUACACUUUGAGCAAAGUUUCUGACGUACUAUAAUACUGGCGAAUCUAGAGGUGAACAUAUGCUGUGGCACCAUGCUAUACCUUCUGUUAGAUGUAUCGUAUUCGUUGGUGUUAAUUAGCUAGCUAAACAAACCACAACUUAACGUGGAGUAAAGGAGCCUAGCUAGCUGCUAACGCGAGCAAUAGCUGAUACUGGCAAGUCACGCUGGUGUUUGAAGUGUCAGCCUCUCGUGUAGCUAAUCGGCCAGGCUGUCAGCUGGCGUCUAAAACGUGCCCUGUUGUUUUCUGUAGAAAAUGUCUGCAGCUAAAGUGAAGAUGCGCGAGAAGAAGAUGAGAAACCAGCCCGCCAGUGUUCAGUACACAUCCUCGUCCCAGAAGAACGGGGAGGACACUCCGGUCACCGGUGGUGGUGAGGGUCCAUCUGGCGUCCAUCCAAACACAGAAAGGACAAAGAACCGUCCCCAGCGGGGGGGAUGGGUCCGAGGACACCAGUGGGAUGGUGGAGACUACGCCAAGGAGAUGCCCAAGUACAUCACUGCUGGAGCUUUUGCCAGGGUGAGAGCGGCGGAGGUGAGCGCCAUGCUGAAAGCCGUCACCAAGACAACGGGCAGCUGCCAUGUGUUUGGAGCCCUGCCCAAACACAUGAGGAGACGGGCCAUGAGCCACAACACCAAGCGGCUCCCUUGCAGGCUAAGAGAUGUGGCCAACAGAAUGCGAGAGAAGAGCUUCCAGGCCGGCUCCAAGAAGAAGAAGGAAGAGGCAAAGGGCAGGAGCCGCAAGGCCCGCCGCCGGCACGGAAAUCUGCUGCUGGAGUUCAACCGCCGGCAGAGGAAGAACGUGUGGCUGGAGACGCACAUCUGGCACGCCAAGCGCUUCCACAUGGUGAAAAAGUGGGGCUACUGCCUCGGGGACAGACCCACAUACAAGUGCUACCGGCCUAGCUACAGGGCAAUGAGCAACCACUGUCUGCUGCAGGACCUGUCUUACUACUGCUGCAUAGAGCUACAGGGAGAGGAAGACAAGCUGCUGGCUUCUCUGUCCCAGCUAAUCAGCAAGGAGACUGGUCCCACAUUUGCUGCAGCACUGUGUCUAUCAGGGCAGAGACAGGGCAGUGUGGUGGUGUACAGAGCAGGACAGUACCCGAUGCAGCCCCUGGGCCCUGUCACCUUCCUCUGGAGACCCCGUGCACAGGGCUCAACCCACAGGCAGCUAUGGAUUUGGGCUCAUCCCACUAUUAAACAGGACCUUCUUGCUGAGUUACAAACUGUCUGCCAGUGUUGUGAGGCUGUACUUCCUCCCGCUGCUCCAGCGGUGACACCUGCUGAGGUUGUUCCCGCCCUAGAACCGGAGACAAAACCUGAAAAAAGCCCUGAGGCUAAGCAGAUGACUGGAACCAAGAGAAAGCGAACCUGUAAAGAUGCCAGUGAACCUCCUGCCAAGAAGAUCCUGGGAGAUGGAACCAGAUCUCCCACCACCCCAGUUACCUGGAAGUCCAGCUCAAAUGGGAUAGUUAUAAGUGAUCUCACAAUGGAGAUUGUGCGCUAUCGUCUGAUUGGACCACAGUCCCAUUCGGUUCUGGCAGAAACUAUGGAAGCAGCUACAGACUGUGAUGAAAUGACUAAAUCCCAGCCCUCUUCCCUCUGGUGGCCUGAGCACUGCAGAAACGAGAGCAAGAUGAACCUGCAUCAACAACAAGCCGAUGUCUUUCACCUGCUGAAAGAGGUGGAAGAGGAGCAGAGGAGGGAGCUGGCGUUACGAGGAGUGCCGGCACACUGCUGUCAGAGUUCCCUGUGGGAGCGGUCUGUCCGGGACAACGUCACGGAUAACAAGAUAUCCGAGCAGAAGCUGAACCGGAUGAAGACCGAGGUGCUGGUGCCGGGCUCCAGGCUGAGCCCCACUCCGCUGCAGGGCCGAGUCCCCAUCCUGCUGGUUCACCAGCCUGGCAAGCAGGUGGGGCAUGAGAUGAGCUCCUGGGGUGCUGGGUGGGACCUGCUGCUUCCCAAAGGAUGGGGCAUGGCCUUCUGGGUCCCACUGGUGUACAGAGGAGUUCGAAUCGGAGGCCUGACCAUGAGUCUGAAACACUGUCAGAAUAAAGGAGCCGCACACUUCCCCCAUGAUUACCCAGACUGCCCUGCAGGUAUUCACUUUCAGGAGGAGCAGGAGGCACAGCUCCUGGGCAAGUUCAAAAGGCGUCCGCCCGCCAAAAGGACCAAUUACAUUAAACACGGCUGUCUGGCCCCGUUCUGUUGCCCGUGGCAACAGCUGGCAGAGGAGUGGGAGCUCAUCUUGAGGGAAGGAGGAGAGGCACGGGAAGGAGGAGAGGCGCGGGAAGGAGACGGCCAGACCCACACCGCAACGGAGGCCGACGUGGUGCUGGAGGAGGCGGCGACGCCAUGCCCAGACGUCACUGUCACAAAGCCUCCGAGCCGAGUCACUGUACUGAGGAACAGAAAGUCGCUGAGGUUGCUCUCCAGUUGGUGCAGACCCACGACAUCUAAAGGUCAAAGGGUGCGCUGCGGUGGCGGCGUGUCUCCUCUCGACCAGGCGACCAUGACGCCGUUUCUCUCAGCACAUGGGACGAGUCUGGUGUGGGUGCGCCUGUCGCUGCUGUCCAAGGGCAGACCAGAGCUCCACGCCAUGGUGUGCGUGCCGACCGCGGAGGACCUGAAGCUGCUGGACAAAGAGCCCGGCGGCAGCGGCCCCCAGGAGCCGCUGCACAGAGACCACUUUAAAAGUCGAAUUAGACGCCGAAAGAAAAGCCCCAAGACAGCUGCCGUCUCAUUUCUGUGUUCAGAUGAGACGGAGGGCAAAGAGUCAGACCCUCCCUCAGACUCUGAACCAAACCCCACCACAUCUGAAGGGCCCAAAUCCUCCCCCCAGUCUUCCCCGGACCUCACCUUCGGGCUGUGGCCGGACCCUCUGCCGAGUGUCACCGCUCACUGCUCUCGGGUGACGCUAGGCUGGGUCACCCAGGGCGACUUCUCCCUGUCCGCAGGAUGCGGGGAGGCGCUGGGGUUCGUCAGCGUGACCGGUCUCCUCAACACCCUCCUCAACCAGCCGGUGGGACACAGAGGGACGUUGCUGUUGCGCAACCCUGCAUCCCUGCACUACCGCUUCGCUAAAGUCAACCUAGAGGUGUGAUUGAAGAUCAACACGGCUUCUGUCCCGCAGAGGCCUGAAAUGAUCUGUAAUGAAGUCGCAUGCUGCUUCAUUCACGCAGUGAUCCCUGUGCCCUGAUGGGGUACUGAAGACUUGAUGGCAUGCAGUUACUUGGUGGUGUUGUUGGACAAAUCUUUUUUUUAGUUGUGUAUAUUUAACUCUGGAAGGCAUCCUCAUGGUUUCAGUUGAGAAAGGCUGGUUGUGUUUUCAUACAGACGCCUGUGUCCGAGGAAUGCUCCACAAAGAGAUCACUUAAAUACAACUGGGUUUCCAAAAUGAUUUCUAUGAAUUUAUGAAUGAAUUUUGAAUUUGAGAAAAGUUUCGGUUUCAAAAGCGCCACUGAAUUGAAACUUGUUUGAACAUGAGCUAAUAAAAUACCCAUGCUGCAUUUA